UUUCCAGAAUACGGGUAGGAAAGACAAAAACAACACCACAUUUAAAUAGAAUGAGAGCGUUGUCUCGCUACAUUCCGUAUACAGCCAUGGAUUUCAGCAGCUCAGCCUUUUCGUUUUGGGCAAAAUCGAUCAUUGUGUUAUCUGUGUUGUUGGCUGCUAAUGCAUCUAGUGAGAACACUAAAACAGUGGAGUUCAACGUUAAGCCAGGAGGUGUGGUGCAUUCAUUUUCUGAGAAAAUGAAAGAGUAUGAAUGCACAUUCACUUAUGCUUCUCAAGGAGGAACCAAUGAGCAAUGGCUGAUGAGUGUGGGUUUGAGUGAUGAUGACAGACUCUUCUCUUGCUCAGUAUGGAGGCCCCAAGGGAAAUCCUACUUGUUUUUCACACAGUUCAAAGCUGAGAUUAAAGGAGCGAAGAUUGAAUACGCCAGUGCAUAUUCCCAGGCGGCUGGAGGAGGUUUAAAGGAUGUGGCGCUGAAGGAAGAAGAGUUCAUAAUUGGUGAUUCCACAGUGACUCACAAAGAUGGAAAAUUCCGGGCUGAACUCUCCAAACUGACCGUCAUUGGUAGGACACGUCAUGACGAGCUCUGAUUGGUUGAACUCUGAGACGCUUACCCUUACUAAAGGGGGAAUAAGUGGAUGGAUGUUGGUCUAGUCCUGGAAGCUCUGUUACUGAACUGUUCCCUGACAUCACUGAGCAGCGGAGAUUUAGCCAGAAGAAGAGAUGAAAUAUGUUCUUUUUUCCUCCUGUUGUUCGAUUCCUCCACUUUCAAAAACAAGCAUUAUUGUCAUCUGCCUGCGCCUGAAGGGGAUUACAACAAAACAAAACAGGAGGUUCUACUUUUCUACCACACUUUGACAUAGAAAAAUAUUUUCAGUUUCUGUUAUCAUGAUCUAGUAAUGGUGUAAACAGAUUUUAAUAAAUAAGUUGAUCAUGGA